AGGGUAAAAGCCAGGGCAAGGUACUGUGAAUAGAGAGGUGGCCUGUUUAAUUUCCUUCGCAUCAGAGCUACACGGAGUCGGACAGAACACGGGAAGCAGCAGAGACGUCCGGGGCGCAUCAUGCCGUUAAACCCGAUAAGAGCGAGGGCCAGGGACCGUGGCAAUCUCCUCGGCAGACCGGAGUUUCUGUCCCUGAACCAGCCUCCCCGUCCCGGUUUCACAGAGGGUCGCGGCACCAGCCGACGUGGGGGACAAAAGCCCCAGCCAAGCCAACCAUGGGAGUAUCAACCGGAACCUACCGACACUGCCAAAGAGCGCAAAGACCCGGUGAAACUCCCCGAAGAGGACUGCAUGCAACUCAACCCAACGUUCAGAGGGAUUGCGUUGAACUCUCUGCUUGCCAUUGACAUUUGCUUGUCCAAAAAGCUGGGGGUGUGUGCCUACACCUCGUCCUCGUGGGGUAGCGUGCGCUCCAUGGUCACUCUCCUGGCUCUCACCGGACACGGCAUCACGUGGAUCUUCGGGACCCUUGUGUGCCUCACGAGAAGUAAUACGCUAGCUGGUCAAGAGGUUUUGGUCAAUCUUCUGCUCGCUCUGGUGCUGGACGUGCUCACAGUGGCCGGCGUGCAGAAGCUGGUGAAGCGCAAGGGACCCUGGGAGAUGGCGCCGGGCUUCCUGGACUGCGUGGCCAUGGACACCUACGCGUUCCCGGCGGCGCACGCCAGCCGGGCGGCCAUGGUCUCCAAGUUCCUGCUGUCGCACCUGGUGCUGGCCGUGCCGCUGCGCGUCCUGCUGGUGCUCUGGGCCUUCCUGGUGGGCAUGUCGCGCGUGCUGCUGGGCCGACACCACCUGACGGACACGGCGUGCGGCUUCGCCCUGGGCCUGCUCCACUUCAGCCUGGUGGAGACCGUCUGGCUGUCCUCGGGCGUCUGCCAAACCAUCAUCUCCAUCGGGACGCUCAGCUGGAGCCCGUUCCACUAGUACACGACACCAUUCCAUACCAUACCAUACGAUACGAUAACACUUCAUUGUCAGUUUCCACUGAAAUUAAUUUUGCAUCCCUGAACAAGACUCGUUUAAGGAAGGACGCUCUAGCUGGAGUCCUUUCCAACUGUAGGGAAGACUGGUAUCAUGCAAAGGCGUGUUUAUUUCACGCCAGUGUACGUAUUCCGCCUUGAGGUGCAACGACUUAGCAAGUAAAGUCGUGCUUCUCAAUGCAGCGGGAAAGCACUUUUGUUACGAGACCAAGUUCGAGCAGUUUUCCCGUUGGUUGAUCGAUAUGUUGAUAACUUGGCUGAUUGAUAUCACUUAGGUUCCAUCUGCAUGCCCCCGCUGAAGCCCUUUCCACCAGAAGGGGCGUAUGGCCGCUACAGUACACGGCUACUGCAAUGGUUUUAAUGAAACUACUAGGCUACUGGACAGUACAUGGCUACUGCAAUGGCUAUAAUCUUGAUAGGUCGAUUCAUGGAUUCAUAGAUUCAUUGAGUAGGGGGACUGUGGAUUGGUGGAUCGAUAGGUUGAUAAGUAGGUUGAUUGAUAUCACUAAGGAUAGAAAGGCUGGAAACACUGAUCGGUUGUGUCUUCUAGGAUGGUAGUGGUGGAUGUGUAAGGUUGAAAGCUUGAUCGAUUUAUUGACUGGCUGCUUGAGGAAGGUAAUGGUGGAUGUCUAAAGCUGACAGAUUUAUUGGUUGAAUGAGUGAUUUUUCAUCGAGUGGUUGGCCUAUUGAUUGAUUGGCUUAUUGAUUGGUUGUUGUUUGUUUGUUAAAAAAAAACUCAAGGCUACCGGUUGAUAUUUCAGGUCAAGUUAUUGUAGUUCAUUUGUAGGAUUUCACCAGAGGCAGCUCUUUAAGAACAGUUUAUGACUGAAACAGGACUGUGAGAGGCACAGAAAUAUUAAUGGUUGAUAAAUUCCUAGCAACAGCAGCUGCUCCAGGUUUAAAGUGCAAGGCUAAAGAUGCGAAACAAAGUGUAUUUUCAGCGCACUGAUAGCAGGGCGUCCUCAUGGGCUCAGAAACUUAGUAGGCACAGGCCACAGCCUUUACCUGAGCAGUCAGCAUGAGACUAGCUCUGCUAGCAAAGUUAGUGUAGCCUACUUGAUCUGCCUAUAGUUAGCAAAGUUAGCUAAACAUGUACUGGCUUUGCACACACAGCAAUAGAUACGUAUGUAUACUGACUAGAUGCAGCACUAGUGCUACAGGAAAGUGUUAAAGCAGCACCAGUUACAUCUCACAGUCACUUUCGAUUUCUUGUCAUAUUUUUUCAGCGUUUAAUAAAAACUUGUUGGCU